ACCAUUGAACUCAUCCGCGUAUAAAAAAAAGUCAUGAGCACACCUAAUCACAAAUUCCUUCAUUAAAAUUUUAUUUUUUACUGGUUGUUCUCUCCGCGUCCUCCUCCUCUUCAUCUCUCAUACGGCACCAACCCAGAAACCGCUGAUCAUACAAGGGUUUGAAUCGCAGAUUUGUAGAUGGCGUCCAAACGGAUCUUGAAGGAACUCAAGGAUUUACAGAAGGAUCCUCCUACAUCGUGUAGCGCUGGUCCUGUUGCUGAAGAUAUGUUCCAUUGGCAAGCGACAAUCAUGGGUCCUCCCGACAGUCCAUAUGCUGGGGGUGUUUUCCUAGUUACCAUUCAUUUCCCUCCAGAUUAUCCAUUUAAGCCUCCUAAGGUUGCGUUCAGAACAAAAGUGUUUCAUCCAAAUAUUAAUAGCAAUGGGAGCAUUUGCCUAGAUAUCUUGAAGGAACAAUGGAGCCCUGCUCUAACCAUAUCGAAGGUGUUACUUUCAAUCUGUUCUUUGUUGACGGAUCCUAACCCUGAUGAUCCAUUGGUGCCAGAGAUUGCUCACAUGUAUAAGACAGACAGGAAUAAGUAUGAAACAACUGCAAGAAGCUGGACCCAGAAGUAUGCCAUGGGUUAAAUUGAAUUGUGGAGUGGCGAGGGAUAGGGUUGUUUCUGUUCAAUUUUUUGUUUUAAUAUUCUGCAAUUGUGAUUCAGUGAUGUGUAUCAAUGUUGGCCCUGUCUCUCCAAAUCUUAAACGGACCAAAGAGGUCCGUAACACCACCUUAAUUUGAACGAGAAACAUAUAUGUUGCUUUCGGUUGAUGUAUGGAUAAUGCUGUCCAAAUGUUUCCCAAAUUCAAUGUCAACUUUUGUUGCCUUAUAAA